CAUGCAAAUCCGGAGUCGAGCAAUCCUAGCAAGGACCAUUGUUCAAUCUAGAACACUUGCACGUGUACAGCAUUCAAGACAUUUGGUGAAGCGCGCAUUCGCCACCCAGUCUACAACUUCCACCACCGCGGUUCCUCCGCCCAUUCGACCCCCUCCUCCACCGAAUCAAUCGAAAUGGCGCAGUUUCCUCCAAAUUGUCGGCCGUACAACUCUCAUCACUGUUGCCCUCACCGCCGGCGGCUUCUACUACUAUAUCUAUCAUGAACGCCAGCCUGGCGCACAACUACCAUUCGACCCCUCGAAGAAGACUGUCGUUGUGUUGGGGAGUGGCUGGGCUUCGACCAGCCUGCUAACAACGUUGGACACGACUGAGUACAACGUGGUCGUGAUCAGCCCAAAGAAUUUCUUCCUCUUCACACCUCUCCUGCCAAGUGUGGCUGUUGGUACUCUGAAUGCACGCUCAAUCAUUCAACCAACAAGAUACAUCACUCGCCACAAGGCACGUCAAGUGUCAGUUAUCGAGGCGGAGGCUACUGAAGUCGAGCCCGUAAAUAAGACGGUCACUUUCACAGAUAAUUCCGAAAUAAAGGGAAACGUCUCUUCUACGACGAUAUCGUAUGACUACCUCGUGUAUGGCGUCGGUGCUGAGGUACAGACGUUUAAUAUUCCCGGGGUGAAAGAGCAUGCAUGCUUCAUGAAGGAGCUAUCGGAUGCGGAACGGAUGCAGCGUCAAUUUAUGGACGGUCUUGAGAGCGCUGCCUUCCCGGGUCAAAGUUCGCAAGAGGUCGAUCGUCUGCUGCAUAUGGUGGUGGUUGGCGGUGGGCCUACUGGUGUUGAGCUGAGUGGUGAAUUGCACGACUUCCUAGAGGACGACUUGAAGAUGUGGUACCCCGAGCUUGCUGGAAAGAUUCGCAUCACCCUCGUUGAAGCCCUGCCUUCCGUACUCCCAAUGUUCAGCAAGCAGCUCAUCAACUACACCGAAUCGACGUUCAAGGAGAGCAAGAUUGACAUCCUUACGAAGACAAUGGUCAAGGAGGUGAAAGAGAAGAGCGUCGUGUUGCAGAUGCCCGAUAAGUCUGUUGUUGAGGUACCAUGCGGACUUGUGGUUUGGGCUGCGGGCAACAAGGGCAGGAAGAUAACACAGGACCUGAUGGCCAAGCUACCUGAAGCUCAGAAGAAUAGGCGUGGCAUUACUGUUGAUGAGUAUCUGCGCAUGGCCGGCACGAAUGGCAGUAUCUUUGCUCUCGGCGACUGCACUGCUACGUCAUAUGCACCGACGGCCCAGGUCGCCUCACAACAAGGAGCCUACAUCGCCAGGUGUCUGCACCAGAUGGCGAAGAAGGACAACCUCAAUUCCCAGCUUGCCAGCCUCGAGCGAUCGGCCGUGGAGGCGACUACGCCGGAAGAGAAGAAAGAAGUGCAGGAUCAGAUCAAGGAUGUGAAAACCCAGAUGGCCAAGGUCAAGCUAAGGCCAUUUCACUAUUCCCACCAAGGUUCGUUGGCGUACAUUGGCUCGGAUAAGGCGAUCGCGGACCUGCCGUUCAUGAACGGGAAUGUGGCGACUGGAGGCGUUGCGACGUACUUGUUUUGGAGAAGUGCAUACCUUAGCACGCUGUUCUCGUUGAGGAAUAGGACUUUGGUCGCUACGGAUUGGUUGAAGGUCAAGUUCUUCGGACGUGAUGUCAGCCGGGAGUA